AUGUGCCUACAGCCCCGCCUUAGCCUCAGAAAAAUCACGAAAAAAGUGUUCAAGUGGAUAGAUGGAAUCUUUCAGACCACUGUCCAAUACCAUGAUCCACCGGAUAAAUCCGAUGCCGACAGGAAACUGUACCGAGCCUUAAGUCUAUCGAAUGGAUUGCGUGCCAUGCUGAUAUCAGUUCCUCCUCAUAAUAUAGACCAAACACAGGAUGUGCAGCCCUCAGUGGGGGACAGUGGUGGUGAGAAUUUCAAUCCAUCGGUGGAGCAUUCUAGUGGAAGUACAGCUGCCUGUGCGGUGCUUGUGAACGUGGGAUCCUUUAGCGAGCCGCGACAGUAUCAGGGAAUGGCACACUUUCUGGAGCAUAUGAUAUUUCUUGGCUCCGAGAAGUACCCGAUUGAAAACGAAUUUGAUGCAUACUUAAAGAGAAACGGCGGCUUCAGCAACGCGCACACAGAGAACGAGGAUACGUGCUUUUACUUUGAGGUGGAAGAGGCGCAUCUAGACAAGGCCGUGGAUAUGUUUAUGAGCCUGAUAAGAGCACCACUCAUGCUACCCGAUGCCAUAGCCCGCGAACGGUCUGCAGUUCAAUCGGAGUUCGAACAGGCCUAUAUGCGGGACAGUGUGCGCCGUGAUCAGAUACUGGCGAGCUUCGCCAGCGAUGGUUAUCCCCAUGGCACUUUCAGUUGGGGAAAUCUAACAUCUCUUCAGGAUCGGGAGGAUGACAAACUGCUGUACGAGGCGCUUCAUGAGUUUCGACGAAAACAUUACGGAUCCAAUCGCAUGAUUGUCUGCAUUGAGUCGCGGAAAUCGUUGGACGAACUGGAGGAACUACUGGUCCGUCAUUGUGCCGAUAUACCCAAAAGCCAGGAGAAUGCCCCAGAUAUGGACGGCUUGAAUUAUCAGAAUGCCUUCAAUGAAACGUUAUUUCGCGACGUCUUUCUGGUCAGGCCCGUGAAGGAUGUGUGCAGAUUGGAAUUGACAUGGGUUCUGCCACCAAUGCGGCCUCAUUAUCGGUGCAAGCCAGAUUCCUUUCUCUCGCAACUGAUCGCCUACGAGGGCGUGGGCAGCCUGUGCUCCUAUUUCCGACGCCGUCUCUGGUGCACGAACGUUUUCGCGGGUGUUGGAUCAAGCAGUUUCGACUCGAACUCCAUCUACUCUUUGUUUAAUGUCUGCAUUGCCCUUACAGGCGAUGGGUUCAAGCACAUAGAUGAGGUACUGGAGGCCACGUUUGCAUGGAUUAAACUGCUUAAUGAGAGCAGUGGUCAUCGAGAGGAGAUGUACAAGGAGUUUCAGCAGCUUGAGGAAAACAAUUUUCGUUUCGAAAUCGAACUGCCUUCGAGGGACAACGUACAGCGUGUGGUGGAGGGCAUAGGGUACCUGCCGCCAAAGGAUGUCCUUACGGGACCACUUCUGUACUUCGAAUACGAUGCAGCUGCUCUACUGAUGCUCAAAGAGCACCUAACUGCAUUUCGCUUCAACAUAAUGAUCUCCUCGGUCCUACCAUAUAUGGAUCAUAUUUACGAUCAGAGGGAGAAAUGGUUUGGCACUCAGUACACGACGAUCCCCAUGCCCUCCGCAUGGAAGGCCAUGUGGCACGAUCCAGCACCACUGAAGGAGCUGGCCUUUCCACCAUCCAACCCCUUCAUAACCACGGACUUCACGUUGUACUGGCAAGAGGCUGGCAGGCCACAAAUACCACGUCAUCCCAGGGCCCUCAUAUGGGACGAUUAUUGCGAGCUGUGGUUUCGACAAGACGAUAUCUUCCUACUACCCGAUGGCUACAUAAAUAUGUACUUCGUCACUCCUUUGGUGCGGGAAAGUGCGAGGCAUUGUAUGGCUGGCGAGCUCUUCACCGAAUUGGUGGAGUUCAGCAUCGCCGAGCAAUUGUAUCCCGCCUUAGAGGCCGGUCUGUUCUAUGACCUCCGUAUGGGUGAGAAGGGACUGGUCCUGCGUGUUGAUGGCUACAGCCAGAAGCUGCUUCUUUUGGUGAAAAUAAUCAUGCGGGUGAUGUGCACUCUAGAGCUGGAUCCGGCUCAAGUGAUUUCCUUUAAGGCCCUCAAAAAGCGUCAAAUUUUCAAUAGAAUCCUAAAUGGAAAGAUAUUAAAUCACGACUUGCUGUACAAGGUCUUGGAGAGUAAGGGAUUCAGUAUGCUAGAGGAAUAUGAAUCAAUCGAUACGGUAACAGCGGACGACAUCGAGCACUUUAAGGAUAAUUUUCACAAGAAAAUGUACGUCCAAGGACUCGUACAGGGAAACUUUACCCAAGAACAAGCGCUUGAGGCAAUGCAACUAGUCCUUACCACUUACAAUAGCCAAAAAUUGGAUAAUCCAUUCUCACUGAGCAACAGCUUAGUGCAGAUACCACUCGGAUCGUAUUACUUGCGGGCGAAAGCCCUUAACCGCGAAGACACGAACACGAUCGUAACGAACUACUAUCAAAUGGGACCGGGUGAUCUCAAAUUGGAGUGCCUGAUGGAUCUGGUAGAGUCGAUUGCGGGCGAACCCUUCUACAGCCAGCUGCGCACUCAGGAACAGUUGGGCUACAGCCUGAGCCUCGACCAAGACACCGACUACGGUGUGCUGGCCUGUGUUAUGACAAUCAUCACCCAAGAGACCAAGCACUCGGCCGACCAUGUUGACCAACGCAUCGAGGCCUUUAGGUCCCGCAUACCAGGCCUCGUAGCCCAGCUCAGCGAAACGGAGUUCGAUGAUGUGCGCGACACGCUGAUCAGUCGCAAAAGGAGGGGCGACAGUAGCCUGGACGAGGAAGUAUGUCGGAAUUGGAGGGAGAUCGUAACUACUGAGCACUUCUUCAAUCGCAGGGAAGAGCAGAUACAAACGCUGAAGGGCCUCACAAAGCAGCACGUAUUGGACUUAUGGAGGGACUACGAAAACAAUAGCUUUCGAAAGCUUUCAGUUCAAGUGGUUGGUCGGAAGAGGCUACCAUCUCGGUCUCUGCUGUCCAUCUCGGAUGCUGUGGCUGCUAGGCAGAGCUCAGAAGCAGGCUUCGGUAACCCCAGCGGAUCCUUGGCGAACUUACUGGAAGAUGUGCAGCGUAAUUUGAACGAUGAACAGAUGAGCAAAAGGAUCCAGAUAGAGCUGAUGGGAAAUGGCCAGGAUCCGUCGCACAUACUGGAUAUUGCGGCUUUUAAAAACGGUCUAUAUGUGUACCCCUUAAUUAUCACUAAUCCGGCGUCUCCUAGAAAUAACACAGAAUACUAGAUACUUUUGAAAAUAAAGAAUGCAAGCCACAGGCAUUAA